AUGGGUGUUGCAACGCUAUUUGCGGAAUUGUUAAAUGGAUGCUUAGCGAAAUACAGUGCGUUAUUCUCCAUGCUGGCCAUGUUCAUGGCUCUCUACACCAUAUUAAGGCAUCUUAUGAACUACAGAAAGCCAUAUGAGCAACGGUUAUCUAUUAGAAUUUUGAUUGUUGUACCGAUAUUCUGCAUUACAUGUCUUUUGUCAGUUCUGUUCCCAUUCUAUGCAAGGAGGUUCGUUGAUCCCAUUAGAGAGGUAUAUGAAGCAGUAGUGAUCUACACCUUUUUUUCUUUAUUGAUUACCUACCUAGGUGGAGAAUAUGAGAUUAUAUCGAGGAGAGGAUUAAAACAUCAACCUGUGAAUCAUUUUGUUCCCUUAGUUGGCCAAUUAUUGAAGAAAGUUGACAUCUCUAAUCCUAAUGAUUUUCUAUGGAUAAAAAGAGGGAUUUUACAAUAUGUGUGGUUCAAGCCAAUAUAUUCUAUCUCUAUGAUCUGUAUCGAUAUAUGGGGCUUAAAACAAUUUGAGAUAGCGUUGGUAGUCCUAUUUAACAUUUCUGUAUCCUUAUCCUUAUAUGAGUUAGCGUUGUUUUGGAAGUGUUUAUAUCAAGAUUUGUUGCCAUUUCAUCCAUGGCCAAAAUUUUUGUGCGUUAAAUUGAUUAUCUUUGUAUCAUAUUGGCAAGGUUUAAUUAUUCAGGUACUGGGAUACUACAGGCUUCUCGGAAAGUCAAUUGAAUAUAAGCAUUCUGAACUGGGUUAUAUAUAUCGAAAUGCUUUGCUGUGCUUCGAGAUGAUUGGUUUCGCAUACUUACAUCAAAAGGCUUUUCCUUGGGAGGAUUAUUCGAUAAAAUCAAUACCAAUGGGCGCAAGAAUGAAACUGCGGUACGCAAUCAGAGAUUGUUUUGGUAUCCAGGAUUUAAUCUGGGAUUCAAAGCAAGCAUUAAAUGGUAAUACGUACUAUAAUUACCGGAAUUUUGAUCCUUCUGUAGAAACAAGUCUUUUAGGAGGGGUCAACAGAGAUACAAGAAUAGAUCGUAUCAACGAGGGACUUCGAUUUACAAACAAUGGUGAGUCAAGGUACUGGAUUGACUAUGGGGCUAUUGAAAGUGGAGCUCAGGUUAGUGAGUCAAUACGUAACACAGAUUCUGCAAAAGAUAUUUCAGCAGAUUGGGAUGAUAGUAUUGACACUUCUCGAUAUGUACAGGCAGACCCAAAUUAUCCGGUAGUAUGGAAUAUUGCUGGUGCUAGAUAUACAAACUCGACUGCUCAACUAAGAAAUGAAAUAAUUGGGAGAUCAUCAUCCACAAACUAA